AUGCAUCUCAUCUCAAGUGAAAAGGAGGACAUGAAUUGCUUCUCAAGUCUUGAUCCGUUAUCUACUUCUUUUCCGCAAUUAAGCAUUCCCCGAGAAAAAUUUGAAUUUCAAUGCUCGCAAGAUUUUUUGCCUUCGUUUCCUUUCCCAACCCCACCGACCUCUCCGGUGGAAUUCUGCAGCAGCUGCCGAGACGUAACUACAGAGGUGCGAUGGCAUUCUGCCUUGGGACCUUUAGGGGAGAUGAAAGAAACUUCAGAGGAUGAACUUGAGGUCGAUGACCUUGCGCUUGGCGAAUUCGCGCGGGAAUUUGGUGGACCGCACGUCAAAUCUCCGGCCAUUGUCAACGACAUAAUGUGGAGUGGGGAUCGAGUGAAGAGGCCAGAUUCUACGACAGAUUUCUUAGCUCGAUUUAGCCUUUCGUCUGCUUCGCCCUACUUCGAACCGCCAGUCGCUCACACGUUUGUGGAGUCCGAAGAUCUCUUUGCCUUCUCGUUGUUGAGUCAUUGCCAAGACAGCGAACAAACCGACGAUGUUUUUGCCAGAUCCGAGAACGGUGGCGUUACCUUUGAUUUACCAGUUCAAGAUCAGUACACUUCUGACACAGGUAUCAGCUAAUCUUUUCUUUUUACAUAUUUUAUACAUCUUUCUGUAACUAUCACUUUUUUAAGCGCGAACUAGUCAUGAAUAGCGUAGCUUUUUUAAUUUUCGUUGCAGGUCGCGAAAGAACAUAGCCUCAUAACACAAAAUAUUUACUCGCGAAUGAAUGGAAAUUUCUACUUGAUUUGUUGUUAUUUUGGCUAUUUGUUUUGUCACGUGUCUUAAAGCAUUUUCUAAUUCCCUUUAAUUAUCUUAAUUUGCAUCGCAGUUCAGUUCCUCUGCACGGUAAUCAUCGAUACUUUCUCUCCCAUUUAUGUCGAUUAAGAGCUACCUCGUACAUUCAUUCUCCAGCCGGACAAAACUCUAAAUUGCAACCUUUCAGCUGAAAAGCUUUGCCACUCAGUAUAUUACAAAAUUGUGCUCGAGAUCUUUCUUGAAUUUGACUUUGGUCACUCUUGGGAGCAAAAGAUUUAAUCCGUCUCUAUUUUGCAUUAUUAUCUCCUAAGAGGAGCUCGAACAAUAUAAUACAACUAAGACAAAGGAGCUCAUCCUUGCAAUGAAUCAGUACCUGCAGUCGGAUAACCCAUCCAAAUGUAUUUCUUAUUGUUUUCAGAACACGAGGAAACUUGUUUGUUUGUUGUUCAAUUUUUAUACUUUUCCUUUUUCUAAUUCUUUUGCUUUUUAUCAAAAGUAGUUGAAAGGAUAGGGACUUGUGCAUGUUCAGGAUACGUAGGGAGCAUUUUGCUUACUUCUGUGUUAAAAAAACCCCUGUAAAUAAUAAGCAUGUAAACGUCUUUUGAAGAGGAAAACGUCUGACUAACAGUUUUAAAACGUGCCAAACAAUUAAGCCUCAGUUAAAUAAUAGCUGCCUUUUGAAUUAAGUGAUAAACGUAUUCCGUUUCUUUAAGGAAAACAUUGAACUAUUUCAUGGAUUUUGAUGCUUCGAGAUAAAUUUGCGAAAGUUCUAUUUGAAACAUAACCUCCGAUGUUGAUGCAGUAUAGCCGCUUUGUAGUGAUUCCUUCUGUGUGAAGUUUUAUGAAGGAAAACUGAGUGAAAAAGCGAUACAUGCAGCUGCUUUCUAUGUGAAACGGGCAUCGAAGUUUGUGAUAUGAUUUAGUUGUUUUAACGAGCGAACCGUUCCUUUGUUUCAAAGUAUUUUAUCAAUCGAUAGUUGAAACUUUUUUAAAGUAUGUUCCAACGCUAAAAAGGCCUAAUCGCGUGGCUAACUUUUGCUUAUAGUUUAAUGCUUUCUUGCUGUGUGAAAGAACUAUUGUUUUCCUUGGAUCACUGUUAGCCUGUUGCUCGCAAAGAAGCAGUAAGACCGUUUUUUAAUCGUUAGGAGAACUCAUGUCAGUUUAGGCUUUUGCCUCUUCUAAAUCGGUCAUCCGAUCCUUCAAAACAUUUAAACGGCUUUUAGUUCUUAAGCGAAGGUAUUUAUGAGAAAUAUUUGGAUGUUUUUACCAAAGAAAACCUUUCUUGUUGUUUGACAGAUGAGGACGAAAUCGAUGUUGUAAGCGUCACAGGAGACAAAACAGUGAAACAUUCCACCAGUACAAGUCGUGACACCACAAGCAAAUUAACGAACGACGGGAAUAUACCACCAAGGGAACUACGGUCAAGGAAACCCGACAGUGAAUCUUUAAUGCAGGAAACCGAUGAAGGGAAUGCUCGCAUCUCGCACAACGACCUAGAGCGAAAAAGAAGGAACGAUUUACGGAACCGUUUUCAGUGUCUUCGCAAAUGCAUUCCUUCACUGGAAGAAAGCGAGCGGGCAGCGAAGAUUACCAUCUUAAGGAGGGCGUCAGAAUUAAUUCCUACAUUGCAGAAAGAGGAAGAGAGAUUAAUAGCUCUGAAAAACGACGAAAAGAAAAGGAAUGCUGAACUUUUAAGUACGCUCAUGAAGCUCACAAAGAAUAACAGGAGGAGAUGA